CAACCACAACAGAAAAACCAUAGACCAUACCUCCAUAACAAUGACCUCCAUCGCAGUAGUAAACUACUACGAAAUCCUCGGCAUCACCAACGACGCAACCACAAAAGACAUCAACAGCGCCUACAAACGCCUCGCACUGAAGCACCACCCGGACAAAUCAGGCGGAAGUACUGAGUCUAUUGAUGAGUUCCGCAAGAUCCAACAAGCCGUCGAAACCCUCCGCGACCCCCACCGGCGCAGCACCCACGACGCGCACCUCGCCCGCCAACGAAAACUAGACGACCACGUGCUCUUCAGCGCAUCCUACCACGGGUGGCGCCCGCAGAACCCGUUCUGGUACAACAUGCGCAAUAGCAAUGCGCGGUAUAUGUACAGCUAUGCGAAUAGCGUGCAUAUGGAUCCGUUUUCGAAUGAGUCGCUUGAGGAGAGGGAGCGGUGUGAGGCGGAUGUGAGGUUUGGGGAGGAGAUUAGGAGGGAGCAGGAGGUGGAGGAGAGGAGGGCGGAGGAGGAGAGGGUGAGGAGGGAGGAGAUGGAGAGGGAGAGGGAGAGGGAGAGGGAGAGGUUUGGGAGGGCGGGCUUUUGGGGGGGUGGGUUUGGGAGUGCUUACUUUGCUGCUAGCUUUCAAGGUUCUAACUUCAGGGGCUAUGAGGGGGGUGGUUGGCGUGAGCAGAAUGAAGAGGGCUAUACUCAGAUGGAGGAGGAGUUUUAUUAUGGGUGUUGGGAUGGUGAGGAGGAUGAGCAGCACUCUUGCGAUUAUGCUGAAUGGGAUGCAGAGGAUGAACAGGGAGAAGAUCAACAAUUCGAGGAAGGUGACGAAGCCCUGCAUCAUGACAAUGGCAACGAUCAAGAGCAUGAUUGCGAGGUCAUGGAAGAGGGAGUACAGUUGGAUAAGGACGUGAACCUGGAUGAAGAGGUCAAGCCGGACGAAGCCUGCGAUGACAGCUUCAAUCCCGUUACUCCUUCACAGCAGUCCCACGGGCACAACCCAGCUGAGGACUACACACACCAAGAGACCCCUAUCCCUGAAGAGUCCAACGAAUCUGACGAACCCGAAAACAAAGAAAACCAAGGUGGCAUCCCCCUCAGCGAAGCAGACCAGGAGCCCGCCAUCUUCUACGAAUGCUAUAGCGAUGAAGACUCCUUCACAGACGCCCACUCCCAAAUCUCCAGCUCAUUCUCACCCCCCAGAAGCAGCGUACCCCAACCGCCUGAAAGCGAACUCCCACCAGAGACCAACCCCUACCUCGCCCCCUUCAUCCCAUACUUCAACGCCAAGCUCAACCACCCCAGCGGGCGUUACACCCAGGAAGACAUGCACGUCGAAUUUCAAGGCAUCGUCAUGGAAACCUUCUGCGGCUGGCUCGAAGGCGUCCGGCAGACGUUCACCCACGCACAACCCUUGCCUACGCACCAGAGCAAAGAGCAGUGUCUUCAUCUUGGACCGUGGGAGAAGGAAUUUGAGCAUGUCGAGUGUGAGGCUUGUCAUCGGUGGAUGCCGGUCUAUACGUUGACUUGUCCGGGCUGUGGUUGUAAGGCUUGUGUGGGAUCUAGGUACCUAAGUAGCCUGGAGAGACUCAACCUGUCAGAUGGAAGUGUGAUCGCGGAAGAUAGGUACAGAGCUAGCAACAUCCUCUGGUUUGAUAUACCCCAAUAG